AUGGACGAGGAGGAGCUGGUGAUGGCGAUGUCGGCGGCGAGCUCCGAGUGCAGCAGCGGCUGCCAGUCCGGCUGGACCACCUACCUCGACGACCACACGUCUUCCUACUCCUGCGGCACCGCGCGGUUCCAUCACGGCAAGGCGCGGCAGCCGUACUACUGCCACUACUCGGAGGAGGACGACCUGUCUAUGAUCUCCGACGCCUCCUCCGGCCCGCGCCAGCAGAGCUCCGCCGGCAACGACGUCGAAGGUGGUGGCGCCGCCGCGGUGCACGCCAAUGCGGAGAGGAGAGGGAGGCGGGAGGAGACGACCGCCGCGGCGAGGCGGCAGAGCAAGAGGGCCGCCGCCGCGUCCCUGCUUGAGGACACGGCCAGCUCGCCGGCCUUCUCUGGCUACUCCAAGGCGAUGAACUCGGGGGAGGACAAUGGCUAUGGCGGCGCCGAUGCCCAGAUGACAGAGAUCGGCAAUGCCGCCGACUUCUCCUACGCCUACUCCACCACGACGGGAUUCAAGUCUCCCUUAAAUGGAGCUGCUUUGAGCGGCUACAUGCAAAUGCAGUACUCCCCGGCUCCCGUCAAGCCGAUGCCCAGAAGACAGGUGUGCAGAGAUGCGUCGGAGAAGAAGAGGUGGUGA